AUGACUAGCGGUGAUGAAACGAACGAAGGGAAACAAAGCGUCGAGGUGGCAAACGAUGACCACCCUGAAAAGCAGCCAACGAGGAAAGAGGAGAAUCAGACCUUUAAGAAGCCCAACAAGAGAGACAAGAAGAUAAAAAAAAAAAAAAAAGUGGGAAAAAAAAAGAAAAAAAAAAUUUUGGAGAAAAAUAAAGCGAGCAGUGCCCCGGGGGGCAGAGAAGAAGGUGAUAAUUCUGGAAGCCCCUUGGAGAUGAAUUCAGAGGAGGACCAAACAGAAGGGAAUCAGAUUUCAUCGAUUGUUUCAUUUUUGAAGAGAAAUGAAAAGCCACCUCGGUCUAAUGGGGAAGGUGGUAAGGCCAAUGAGAAGCAGGCCACAACCAAGAAGAAAACAAAAGAGAAGCCCCGACAUAAGGACAGAGUCUCACAAGAAGAUAAAGAUAAGCGAACCGUUUUCGUUGGGAAUUUGCCACUUAAGGACAUGCACAAGGGAAAGCUUCUGAAGUUGUUGGAUUUGAAGAAUUCCGCCGUUGAAUCGGUCCGCUUCCGAUCUCAACCCAUGGAGGAGGCCUACGCCGGUAGGAAAAGGUUGGGUGUUAUUUUGAAGAAGUUUACGGAUGUCAAGGAUAAUCAGAACGCUAUGAUCACGCUGAAAAAGGAGGAGAGUCUUCCCGGCUUGCUUAAAAAAAACGGCAUGGUGUACGAGGGCUAUGUACUCCGAAUUAACAUGUUUGGGGAGAAGCCCAACUUCAACCGAAAGAAAUCUGUGUGCAUAAAAAACUUGGAUCGAAAAAUAAACGAAUCAGACCUGUACAAUCUUUUGAAGGAUGUAGACCAGAUAAAAGGCAUUCGUAUUUUGAGGGAUGAACGGACAAGCGUUUCCACGGGAGUUUCCUUUGUCCUCUUCGAAAACAGAAGCUCCGUUAAGAAGGCCAUCGAGAUGUUUCACGGACACUCAGUAAAUGGCCGUGAAAUUAUCGUUGAGAAAAUCCAACGUGCGGAAGACAGGCACGAUGCAUCCAAAGAUGUAACCAGACAAAGAAAACAGGUGAAACGAACCAUUCGAAAGGGUCCUCGCGAGGAGCAUAAGAUGGACCAUGGGAAGGGGCACAAAAAUGGCAACCAAAUGACACACAGAGCGAGACGAAAGAAGAAGUAUGUGCGUCGAAAACGCAGGGGUGGCGCUGCUACCACUGAGAGUUAG